UCGUCUUCCAUCUACCGACGCCCUCAGGGAAAGAGAGAGAGAGAGACCAAGGGGUGGGUCGUUCCUUCGUUUCUUUCCCUCGGGACGAAUGGAUUGAUCGGAAGUGGGCUUUGAGCCGGUCUUGCGGAGGGAUUUCGUCGGGGUGUUUCCGAAUGGUGGAGAGAUUUUGUGGACCAGCGAUAAAGAAACCGCAAAAACGAGGCGUUCCGAUGGCAGCCAAUAACAAUAACUCAUCGGAGAUGCCGGAAGAGCCGAGCAUCGACACCGACAAGCUCAGCUAUGAGAUCUUCUCAAUCCUCGAGAGCAAGUUCCUCUUUGGCUACGACGACCCCAAGCUCCGGGUCCCCAAGCAAAAUAACAACCCCUUCGCCAUCAAGAACCAGCGAGGUAAAAUCUGCAUCCUUGCCGUCGAUCGCGGCAGCAUGCGGGGCAUCCUCCCCGGCGAAACCUUCGCCUAUUUGGAGCAUGCCCUCAAGUCGAAGUCCGGCAACCCGGACGCCAGCAUCGUUGACUACUUCGACGUCAUCGCGGGCACCGGCGUAGGCGUCAUCUUUACCGCCAUGCUUUUCGCCACAAAGGACCACAGCCGCCCUCUUUUCUGGGAAGACGACACGUGGAAGUUCCUCGCCGACCAUGGCCAGAAGUUCUACUGCUUACAGCCCAUCUCCGGCUCAGGCGAGUUCUCGCGGAGGCUCUUACGGGGUGCUCCGCCAGCUCCACGUCGUCGGUGACAUGUCGACCGGAGAGGCUUGUGAGGGGCAAGGAGGAGGCGGACUCUAAGGGACACGCCGAAGCCGAUCCCGGUGCCGUGCUACGACCUAAUGAGCUCGGCACCACUCUUGUUCUCGCGUGCAGACAUGCCGGAGACGGAUGGGUUCGACUUCCGGCUCCGGGAGGUGUGCCGGGUCACGUCGUCGGAGCCUGGUGUCCUGGAGUCGGUGCAUAUGCGGUCGGUGGACGGGUGGAUGCGGUGCGUGGCAAUGGGAGGGGCACUGGCGAUGAGCAACCCCGCGGCGGCGGCAAUCACGCACGUGCUACACAACAAGCGGGAGUUCUCGUUCGUGCGAGGGAUGGAGGACCUGUUGAAGAAGACAUGCAAAAGGCAGGAUCCUUUUAGCAUGUUCUUCCAUGAAAUUGAUGCGAGUUGUGUAGAAUUUAGCAUCGAACCAGCGCAUGGAAAAGCGAAAAAGUGGGGAUUCCGAAUAAUAUGCAAGCCAUUAGAGGACGAUUUAAAGAUCAAGAUUCGAGACAAUGAGCUGAUAGAUCCAAAUUUCCUCUAUGAGAUUGGUGAUUACUCAACAGAUCUAGAAGCCGAGAGUCCCCAUAUGCAUGAAGACAGUCCGAUCGAAGUAGAUCUAGUAAAGAACUCGCAAGAUUGUCAAAUGACCUCCGUCUGGCCGCCGUUGUCGCCGUUAGACCUGCCAGACAGCCGCCUGAAGCUCCCUCAGUCCGCCUGCCCUGUUUCGCAUCCGUGGGCUGUUCAAGCCCCGCCAGCCCUUGCCGCCGCCUCCCGACCUCCACCCACCACCCCGCCAUUGUCCCUCCAACCCCCAGACGCCGUCCCACCACCGUGCGCCGCCGCGGAGCCGCCCGACAGCUCCGGAUCAGACCCCAAGCCCGUCUGCCCUGUUUUUCGUCGCCCGAGCCGCCGCGGCUGUUCCAAAUUGCUCAGCCCAGAUCCAGCCACCCCAGACCACCCCCAACAACCAUCUUUGACCCCUCAUCAUCCCCCAAGGUCACCGGAAGUCGAUCGCCGCCUGUGGAGCUCAGAUUGA